AUGGGAGGAGGAACCAUCAUGCAUACCAACCAAUCUGUGCCUUCUCAGUGCAAGAGCGUUCUCAACAACUUCAUCUGUCACUGUAAUAAUCAACUUUGCACGGAACAACCAGUUCCAUCUCAACGGGAAGUUGAAGAUGCAGUAUCAGCCCUUCAAGAAUUUAUACAGGCAUUUCAGCAUAUCUCAGGACCAUAUGAUUCGAUGACAGUUAUAUCUCGGGGAUAUAAAAGACUAUAUGAUGCUUUUCAGUUGCUACAAUCUGAUCCUGUUGUGAAGAGCUUAGUAGUAUCAUUAUCAUCUGAUAAAGCUCUUUGGGAUGCUUUCAUGAGCAAUGUGCUGCAUCAAAAGCUGCUACAGUUGCCUGAUUCAGUUGAGUGUAGAAGGCCUGAGAUUUCUGAACUGAAUGAAUUCGGCAUGCAUAUACUCAGUUGGACAUUGGAUAUCAUAAAGAGAAAGAUAUUGGAACUGAUAGAAAGUUUCCAGUUACUUGUGAAUGAUUUAUUUCAAUCCCCUAAGAUGGAAAAUGCUACAUCAGAUGCAACAGAGAUGGAUGAAAAAGUUAGGUCAUCAUUCCUUCUCUCCAUAGUAAUCCUCUUGAUUGUAAUUGUGGCUCGAUCUCAAAGGUUUUAG